AAUCGACGACACUAUUAAUGAGUUGUUUAUAUUACGAAGACCAAUAAAAUAAACUCGAUGCUACGCUACUCAGACUUUCUUCAAAGACUCUUGCAUCGCUUCACAAGUUCACCUUGACAGCAAUGUUUGAUAUUGAUUAUUGAUUCCAGAAGUGACUUCCAAAUGUCAGAUCAGAAACGUUUACUACAAUUUACUGUGCUGGAAUCCUUUUCUGGAUCGAGUCCUAAUGAAUUGAGUCUUUUGAAGCAUGAUAUUGUGUACGUGAUUGAAAAUAAUCCAAGUGGAUGGUCAUGGGUACACGAACCAGAUCUUGGAAAUGGUUGGUUUCCCACAAGUUACUUAGAACCACGUAUGAAUAAUGAAAAUGAUUUAAGAAAAUCGAGUGAUACUUUACAAUAUGUUGAUGUAAUCAAUAAAUUGGACCAUGAAGACGAAGAAUGCCCGUAUGUCUAUGCUACUAGAGAUGCGAUCCAAAAAGUCAAAAAAGAAGGCAAUUUUCUUGAAUACGAAGCUAAAGCGUAUCGCGCGACCCACUCAUAUGAAAGAAAAAAUCAAGAUGAAUUAUCGUUUAGCGAGAAUGACAUUGUUCUUGUGGUCCAAGAGACAGAUACAGGCUGGUGGCGAGGAAGCACUUCUCAUUGUGAAGGAUGGUUUCCAGCAUCGUAUGUUGAAGAACUUGACUCAUCUCCAGUGGACUCAGAUGACAACUACGUAUGUGUGAAUAAUACAACUAGUAAUCAAAGUUCUUUUGAUGAUUCACUUUAUCAAGUGACAAAACUUGUGGACGAAAAAUCCUUAAACAGUGGAGAAAAUAACAGAAAAGAUAUCCAUCAAGUUCCACAAACGAAUUGUAACAACAGAAGAAGAAGAAAUCGUUCCACAGGAUCUGUUCGAAGACCUUCACGAGAUCCACCACCAAUACCAAUAUGCUUUGAUUCCAUCAUUGACGAAGUAAAAACCCUUGAUGAAACUGAACAACCAGAAGUAUCAAAAGAGCAAGAAUUACCUUUUCCAAAAGCAACAGCAACAGUUACUUCAACUUCACCGAAAGCAUCACAUGAUCUUGAACCAUUAUCGACUUGGACAUGUGAUAAAAAAUCAGAUAAUUUGGCUAAUGAUGAAACUGCUAGUAACGAAGACGAAACUAACAAUGUGCAAGGUGUUGUGAUUUUUCGUCGACGAAACUUGUCAACUUCAAAUAAUUUAUCUACGCUCAUUAAAGUAACUAAACGACGAAGUACCAUAAAUCCAAACCCAGUGGAAACACCUCCAAACAGACCUGUACCUAUACCACCUCCUAGAAAUUUACAAAAUUCAAAAGAAAAUGUGUCCUCUCGUUCACGACCCACUAUAAAACCGCGUAAAAGACUUCAAUAUGCACCUAAAGAAAACCCAGACAGAUCACCACCAAUGUUACCUAAAGACAACCUAAAUGAAAGCAAAGACACAUUAUCAACAUCCCUAAAGUCAGAUAAUUCAGACACACCGGCGCCCCGUCAACGCCAGAAGCAAAGACGUCAUAGAAACUUUGUCAAAUGGAUUUCAAUCACCUCUUGACAACCAUUCAGUUGUUCAGUGUCUAAACCGUGAUUUGUCAACUUGCUCAUAUAAUAGACCUCAACCUAAAACGCGAAAUGGAAAAAACCAGGAAGUCCAAAGACAGAGAGUGAAUCCAAUACCUCCACCACGAAGACGGAGCAGUGAACAAACACAUUCAGACAUUAGUGAAAGUAGUUCAACAAUAGAAAUCAACAAUAUAAAUUCUAUGAAUUCGGAAGAAAGUGUUUUUUCAUCCAAUAUUCGCGCAAACAACAAAACCAAUGCUACAAAAACAUCUUCAAGAUCAAGUUCUGUCGAUGAAGAUACAAUAUCGCUUAAGCGACGUCCUAAAAUCCAACCAAGAUCUAAAUCAACAGCAAACUUACAAAAAGUGCUUGAUUGAACGCCAUUCUUUUUAGAGUUAAAUAUAAACUCAAAUUAUACAUAGCUACAUAUCAUAUCAAACGCUCCUGAACAUAUGCAAUGUAAAUGCAUGAGUUGACAAUUCAAAAAAAGUCAAAAAAGUACCGUAAGAAAUGUUUAUUAGUUGCACUAGCCACCAGCCAGUUAUCGUGGAAAACCUUUCAUUGUGGUUGAUGUACUAAAGCAUUUUCAUCGACACAAUCAUUGAAUUUCACAAGACAAAUAAUGAGGAAACAAAAGAAAAACAAUUUUGCAUCACUUAAAAUGAUAGUUCACGACAUUUCCGAACAAUUCAUUACUUCUACAAAGUUAAGGGAAAACUCGAUGUAAUUUUUUUACUGUCUAUCUUGUAGACAAUGUAUAGUAAAUAUGUUAACCUACAUUUAAACUUAUUUGCAUAGCAAUAUAACAUUUUUAAUGGUGUCAGUGUAGGACAAGUAACCACAAGUAAAUAUUAUUGAAUAAUAUUUCACAAAUGGCAGUUGUCUUUUUGUCUACUUUUUAGUUGCCCUUGCCAGUAACAGAUUAAUGUUGGGUUCAAAUUUCUUAGUGUAAGUGAUAAACUAACAAAACACGCAUCACAUGUAAUGUUCUAAAUAAAAUUUUUGCACUUAUCUUUUA